UGAUGAAUAAUUCAUUAAUUAAAAGCCAGUUCAUGGGUGUGGCUGCUUGAAAACUUGUGUAGCUCGGGCAUAGAUCUAAGCAGGACUCCUGAUCUAAAGUCAUUUCUAGAAUGAGUUCAAGCAUAAAACGGCUCGUUGCUCUGUUUAAAAAGGAUGCCAACGAGCAAGAAGAUGGUCCUAGGAGCGUCAACAUAUUCCUGGGGUUCUUCUUUAUGAUCAAUAUCGUCCUGGGGACCGGAUUCCUCUCCAUUCCUUACGGGUUUUAUCAUUCAGGGAUCCUCCCUAGCAUCUUUACAUUGUUGUUUAUCACCUUUCUCUCAUGGCUGACUGCUAAUUGGGUCGUGGAGGCUAUGGCGAGAGCACAGGCAUAUAUUGACUACAAGGAGCACAAAGAUAUUCAGGGAGCUAGUGAUCCUCAUUUUUAUAUCUCGAUGUCAAGAAAAUUCGAGCAAAGCGAAAUGUGUUUUUUAUUUGCCGGUCAGUGGUUGAAGCUAUCGUACAUAGCCGUCAUCGUUUUAUUAACAUUCAUCAGUGUAGCAACGUACAGCACUGUCGCUGGGUCUGCAUGGUCUGUCAAUAUUCCGUUUAAUUUUUGGAACAUGAAGCAGUGUCAUGACGAUGACUUUCGAAACAAUCUGUUUCCAAAAGACGAGGAGUGUGGCAAUGCAUAUCGCUUUUGUGUCUUCAUAUUUGCCUGCAUUGUUAUAUUCUUAUCAGUGCUACCACUAAAGGAACAGGCAAUUGUUCAAGUGAUACUGGGUUUACUGCGCUUCCUUACGAUCGGUGCUAUUGUCAUAUACUGCCUGGUUAAGUUGUUUAGUGAUGAUGUCAUUGAUAACUGUAGCAAUCCACUUUAUGAACCUGAUGUUGACAUACUAAAUAUUUCUAAUUUUUCGUCAAAUUUCUCAAUUCCCAUAUUCAAUGAAGCUAAUUCAACUGAAACUUUUCUUCAAAUUUUUUUGAAGUUUAAUGGCAGAAGUUGGAUGGUAUCAGUAGCACUUUAUUCUUUUGCUGCCGGUCUGAGUCCUGCUGUCCCUGCUCUAACUCAUCCAAUCAAAAGGAAGGAGUGGUUGCGUGGUUACUUGAUUGCCCUCUAUGUUACGAUAGGCUUCAUGUAUUUGAUAUUAGGAAUAGUAGUUUCUCUGUGGUUCAAAGACUGCAUUGUGGAAACGUGUACUUUAAAUUGGGAGCCAUUGUCAAGGCCUGGUAGAGCUAAGGAACUCCGUGCUUUGUCCUAUAUCAUAAUCCUUUUCCCAAGCAUUGAUGUCUGCUCUGCUUUCCCUCUUGCAAUUCAUAUUGUGGCCAAUAACUUGUACACUAUCAUAUUUGGAAAGGACACAACUGAGCACAAAACAUGCAAAUUUUUCUUUUUUCAGUUUUUACUGAAACUGAUGACUGCUACAUUGCCUUUUGCUGUUUCAAUGUUUGUGGCUAAUCUGGUGACUAUAGUCACUUUUGCUGGACUCUUUGGCUACUUCCUUUCCUUUUAUUAUCCAAUAAUUCUUCAAAUUUUAUCACAGUGGACGUGUUACAAAACAUUUGCGGCGUCCAGUGGCCAAAAUCUGCCUCGUGCAUCUUUAUUUAAUUUUAUGAAUUGUAUUUCUGACACCUCACAAGUCGAUAUACCAAACAAUGGAAAGGAAACAAAACCACUUUUAAUUCAGCCUCCACCUAAAACGAGCUCUAAUAAACUGCAGUUCUUUACUGAUUCCAGACUUUAUUACACUCCAUACUCUAUCCCAUUUCUGAGUUCACCUGCAGUCGUAAUAGCAGUGGGGAUUGUUACAUUUUCUUUUCUUAUACUGACAAUUGUGAGCUUAAUAAUAUAGCCAAGUUAUUUUUAUAUUUUUUAUAUUAAAAUGAUUAUGCUGCUUAUAGUAUUAAUUGUCCAUGUACACUGCA